GAUAGUUUCUCGUGGCCACGAGAUAGUUUCUCGUGGCCACGAGAUAGUUUCUCGUGCGCACGAGAUAGUUUCUCGUGCGCACGAGAUAGUUUCUCGUGCGCACGAGAAAGCAUUGGAUGCGUGCGUGUGGUUUGAGGUGUGUGUUAAAAUGGCAGUUCAGGAGUUAAUUCGGCUGUAUUUCCAACUCGGACUUCAUUGUAAGGACAUUGCUGCUUUGCUUGCAAGUCGUCAUCGGUAUAUUGUGUCUGAAAGACAUUUAAAACGAAUUAUGAAGGCAUGUAGUCUGUUUCGGCGCAAAGGAUACACCUCUUUGGAUCGCGUGGUAGAUUUCAUUCAGCAGCAGUUACAAACAAGUGGCCUGCUGUGUGGAUAUAGGUGGAUGUACACUAAAUGCAAGGAGGAUGGAUUACACGUAAAGAAAGAAGAAGUACGCUUAAUUCUUAAAGAACUUGACCCGAGGGGUGUUGAACUCAGAGCAAGGAGACGGCUCCAUCGUCGCAACUAUUUCGCAAAAGGGCCCAAUUAUAUUUGGCACUUUGACUCUUAUGACAAACUGAAACCAUUUGGUAUCUGUAUAAACGGCUGUAUUGACGGAUUCUCCCGGAAAAUUAUCUGGAUGAAUGCAUUUACGACCAGCAGUGACCCAAAAAUCAUUGGAGGCUACUAUAUGGAGGCAGUGAAGAAAUUUGGUGGUUGUCCGAGGAUUGUCAGAGGCGAUCGGGGCACUGAAAAUGUUAAAGUCAGAGACCUUCAGCGUUUUCUCCGUCGCAACAUUGAUGACGGUUCUGGUAUUGACAGCUACAUCGAAGGGGCAAGCACAGCAAAUCAGCGCAUAGAGAGUUGGUGGGGUUUCCUCAGAAGAGAAUCAAUGGAGUUCUAUAUCUCUAUGUUCACUGACCUGAAGGACCGUGGUUUGUUCGGUGGCACAUACUUGGACCGAGGUCUAAUUCAGUUCUGCUUUAUGAGCUUCAUUCAGGAUGAAUUAGACGAGACCAUCAAUGUGUGGGAUGCACAUGUCAUCAGACCAUCAAAGAAUGACAGGGUGCCCAGUGGUCGCCCCCGAAUCAUGUACAUGUUCCCAGAACUCUACACAACUUGUGAUUGCAUUUCCCCAGUGGACAGAGCUGAUGUACAGUUGUGUCAGAGUAACUGCACAUUUCGACCAGCAGUGCCAUGUGACACAGACAUCUACAACAUCUGCAACAUUCUGAUGGCAGAGUCACAGCUGCAUCUUCCAGCUGAUGCUUAUCAGGCAUUGGAUUUGUACCUUCACUUGAGGAAUGAGAUAACAUCAACUCUCUAAUUUGAGAUGGAUUUUUAUUCAGAUUAUUCAGAGCUACAACAUGUCCACACUGACUACACUUGAACAGUGCUAUGCCACAAACAUUAAGAACAUUUUGCAGCAAAACUGAGGUGCAAAUAGGAUUGAUAUGUCACUAUAUGCACACUGACUGCAAAGAGAAACAAGGCAGGACAUGAAAGAGGAAAUGAACAGAACUGAACAACCAUUAGAAAUGUAUUGUACUUGCAUUGAACAUGAACUUGUUUGUUGAAUGAUGACAUAAAUUCUGAACAUUAUUCAGAAUAACAAUUGUAUAAAAGAUGCACAUGAAAAUGUAAUAAUUGUACAAAAAGGGACAUUUACCUAUGAGAACAGACCCUGCUGACUUAUCAAAAUUAUUAAACUGUCUUGUGGAAAAAAAACUGAAUCUCAAUGUACUAACAAUUUACAGAAAAAAAUAAGAAAAUAAAACAAUUUUAAAAAUGUAAA